AUGGUGGACCGGCGUGUUUGGAGUAGGGACGACACUAAUUUAUUGAUUGAAAAUGUUGAACUAUACCCAGAAUUAUGGAAUGUACAUUGCAAAGACUUUAAAAACAGAGUAAAAAAACAGGGUGCUUUUCAAAAAUUAGCAGAACUAUUUGAAACGUCUGAAAACGAAAUUCAACGCAAGUUACACAACUUAAAAACACAAUUGAAUCAGGAGUGGAAAAAAAUUCAAAAGAAAAAAAGUGGACAAGGAGCAAAUGAAGUGUAUAAGAGUCCAUGGGAAUUCUUUGAUUCUUUAAAAUUCAUGUUAGCUGCAAAUGUUCAAAGCUGUACAGAAGAUAAUCUGACUCAAAAAGAUAAGGAUAUACUGACACAAAAUUCCACAAUAGAUGAGCGACAAAAGAUUGAAACAGAAACAAAAAGUACACCGUCCAAAAAACCUAAAAAAAUUAAAGUGACUGAAGAAGAUGCGAUGUUGGCAAAUGCAGUAAAGGUGAUGAAUCGACCCUCAGAUAACUGGCAAAUAUUGGGAGAUUAUGUAGCAUCCGAGCUUAGAUCCCUAUGUUCAGAGCAGCGCCAAUUAAGGUUAAAAAAAAUGAUACAAAGAGAUAUUCUUACAAUUUCAGAAUUAGCUGAUUCUGGACAUUCAACACCGGCCUCUAUCCCUCUUUUAUCCCCUACAUAUGAUUCAAGUGCCUCAUCGUCAACUCAAUAUACUGUGCAGCCCUAUACUGACAAGACAAUUUACACAGCUUCCACAAUUGCAGCACAGCACUCAGGAACAAUCCUUGCGAUCGUACAUACAGGGAUUCGAUACAAAUACAUAAGAGAAUGGUAG